GGGCCUCGUCGGGAGCGCCAUUUGUCCCGCGACCCCAGUCAGCUCCACCUGGACUCGCCCCUGGCCCGAGGCCUGCGGCGCGGGUCCUCCAGCUCCGGUCCCUGCCUCUGUCCGGAGCGGGCCGACGGGGCGGCCGGUUUCGCGAGGAUGAACCCAGCGGGUGCCGCGGCUCCACACGGGGCCUCCAUCGCCGCCAGUGAGCCAUGUUCCAGACUGCAGGAGCCACCCAGGCCACCCCCUCCCACGAAGCCAAAGGUGGCAGUGGCAGCAGCGCGGUUCAGCGCUCCAAGUCCUUCAGCCUUCGCGCCCAGGUGAAGGAGACCUGCACUGCCUGCCAGAAGACCGUGUACCCCAUGGAGCGGCUGGUGGCCGACAAGCUCAUUUUCCACAACUCUUGCUUCUGCUGCAAGCACUGCCACACCAAGCUCAGCCUGGGCAGCUACGCGGCGCUGCACGGAGAAUUUUACUGCAAACCCCACUUUCAGCAGCUGUUUAAGAGCAAAGGCAACUACGACGAAGGCUUCGGCCGGAAGCAGCACAAGGAGCUCUGGGCCCACAAGGAGGUGGACCCCGGCACCAAGACAGCCUGAGGCCCCUCUCACCAUCCACUCCCUCCUCCUUCCGUCGAGGGCCUGGAGCAGGCAGCGGGCAGGGUGGGAGAGAGGUUGGACCGGGCCCCGGCGGGGUCAGGGUGGGAAGGGGAUGAGGCUGUCUUGCUCGGGCAGAGGGUCUUGGGGGCAGGGCUCUGCUUCGGGAUUCCUUCCUUCUCCCUCAGUGGGUGGGGGGGGUUAGGGAACCAGGACUGGGCUUUGCUCACCAGCCCGCUUCCUGCUGCUUCCAGCCUACCCCACCUUACCCCACGGCCCCCUGGGAAGGCCCCCCAACCCAGCUUCCCUAUCUAGGUGCCUUUUCUCCAGCAAGGAGUCAGCAUGCCCCCCUCAGGGUCCCAAGCUCCCUCACUGCCACCCAGGGCCCUGUGUGGCCCCCACAUCUCCCCAUCUACCUCUGCCCUUAGCCUGGUCCUGAGCCAUGGAGACUGCAGGAAGGUGAGCCAGGAUGCCCCCUGCUGGGUCUCUCCAAAUGCCCACCAGGACCCAGUGGGGGAGGGGAGGGAAAGUGGAAGAGCCCCGCCCUCCUCACCCCCCCCCCCCAGGCGAGGCAGGGCAUGCCCAUUAGGGCUUGGGACCAUCCCACACCACGGAAGCAGCAGAAGCUAAAGCACCGGCCAGGCUGAGAGCCACAGAGACUGGUGGGGAGCUGGCAGGGUCACGUUCCCCUCUUCUCCCAUUUCUGCCGGUUUUGACUGUUGUAAUCAACCCUGUUUUAAACACGUUUCAACAGAUCCUGACUGUGUAUUAUGUGGCCUGAUGGGGGUUUUGUGGCAGGAAGGAUACAGAGUCACCACACAGAAGUGAAGGGGGACAGGGUCAGCCCAAAGCACCCCUGGCCUUGAUUGGUGGUGGGGGGGCUGAUGGUGAUGGGUGUCAGGGGAAUGAACACUGGGCAGCCUGAGAAAAGGGGGUGCGCUUCCCAGCCAGGUCUUCAUACUGUCAAACCCAGAGUGUCUGAUGACUGGACUCCACUUUGCCCCUCAGUCUGUGUUGCUUAAGGUCAGGCCGUCAGUGGGUAAUGGUGCUGCGCCUCGCUGCACUUCAGUAUGUUGGGGUACACGACAGAAUCCUUUUGCUGAGUCGUCUGAGCCCCCUUUGCCCUGGAAUGGUGGGAACCAGCGGAUCCAGCAAUUUGUAUCAAAGGUCUCCUAGUCUCUGUGCCCUUUCCCCAUCUGUCCUCUUCCUCCUGCUUUUUCAAGCUCCAGGGAAUGGGACAGCCGUGGUCACCAUCCCAAGCAGUCUAAGGAGAAACAGCUCGUCUGCUCUUCUGAGGGGACAACAGUUUACAACAAACAAGGCAAGCUUGGAGGACCUAAGAUCCUCCCCUGCUCCCACCCCCACCCCAACAGAAUACAGGCAGGAUGUCUGGCUUGUCCUGCCCCAGACCCAACCAUCCUGAUUUCCCCCAACUGCCUGUGGACUAUGUGACUUGGUGGAACAAGAGGGCAGACUCCUGGGGGAUUUGCUACCUCCACCCCAUAUACGUCCUUAAGUUCCUAAGUGACCUCAUGCCCAUAGAACAGGGCAGGGAGCUGGGCCUCAAACUCCGAAGGCAGGUAGGCGGGCCACUGUGCUAUGUUGCCCCUGGAAAUGGCAGAGCUAACAGCAAGCAGAGUUGGCACCCCGAGCCUGGGUCCUCAGAGCGUGAGGAGGGCUGCUGAGAGCCUCACUUGGGGCAGGUCCAACGUCUGCACCAGAGGCCUCAGAUGGGGACAAGGAUGGUCCUUCUCUGCUCCGAGCUAAGCAACAGCAGCAGAUAGCCAUGGGGGAGCUAUCAGAGAGGUGGCUCCUGGAGGUGCCCGAUCCCUGCCCUGCAAGGAUACGACUCAGGUGAGUCCUUCCCUGGGCUGGGAAGACCAGUGGAUGCCACAAAGGUCCUGGAAACGGAGCCACAUUGAUACUUGGGUCAGGUGAGCUGACAGUGCCACCUCAGUGAGUCAGCUGUGGUAGAACCACCCUCGGCAGAGCUCCGAGGCAUGGGGGGAAGAAAGGGAGCCACUUCUGAGCUAGCAGACUGGUACCAGCCAAGUCACACCACCCCAGGACCCCUCUUGGAGUCAUUUCAAGUUCUCAUCUGCUAAGGGAGGCAAGCUUGUUGCCAGGCGCCAUACCCAGCUUCUCCCAGGUAGACACCUGUUCCCUCCACCCCCCCAACCAAAAGCACUGCCACAGGACCCCUUGGGUAUAAAUGAUCCCUUUUAUUGUAAGUAAUGCACGACACUGGCCUGGCUUUGCACUGCAAGCCCUCGGUCAAGAUAUAGUCAAAAUAACUAUGGCUGCAGGUUCUUCUGCACGAUCCACAAUUCAGACACAGACACAGAGCUGGGGUGGGCAGGAGGGUGGUGGAGUGUGGACUGUCCCCAGCCCUGGCCUCUCCGUGUCGGGCUGGCCAAGGCUGACAUACCCCACGGGUUGAUGAGCAAGUGGUGGCAGGCCCUUCCCACAGCCAGCCUGGGGCUGCUAGGAGACGGCCCUUCAGAUCCUUUGGGCCAGGCCAUCCUAGGCCCCACAACUUUUCAUCUGGAUUAUUUAAUAAAAAAACAAUAAAUUAAAAUUAAGCAACAGCUUGGUCCUGAGGAUGCUGAGCCAGCAUGUCC